UCCCACAAUUCCUAGCGUCAUAGCAAGCCCAAGAAAGGUACCAAAAUGGCAGACAAGAAGGUCGGGGAGUAUCAUCAAGAGGAUGACAAAACAUGUAUGCAGAAUGUUGCAGACCAGUGGCAUGGGUUCACAAGUUUUAUGUGGGACCCAGAGCACAAGGCUGUUAUGGGAAGGAAUGCCCGCAGUUGGGCUGAAAUUGGUGUAUUUUACUUGUUCUUUUAUGCAUUCCUUGCUGGCUUCUUUGCUGCUAUGUUCUCUGUAUUUUAUAUUGGUUUUAUCAGUCAUGAGGAACCAACAUAUACAGAUAAACUAGGCACACCGGGGCUUGCGCAUCGUCCCAAAUACAGUAAUGAAGAAAACAUCGCUUUCAAUAUGGACAACCCGAAUACAUACAAUAAGUUUGUUGAUGAUAUAGUCAAACUCCUGGAUGGUGAGCAGAAGUACUUUACCACCUGUUAG